AUGGAAAGCCUGGACGCUAAUUUUCCUGUGCGACACAGAAAGGUCUCAUUAGAAAGCAAGGGAAACAAGACAGAGAUUGUGAUCUGCAGCUAUGAAGAUCAUAUCCUUGUCAUAGCAACGCAGAUUGGAGCCAUGGGAACUAUAUUGCACGCAAGGAAGGAAGAAGGGAUGUCUGUUGAGCCAACAUUUAGUGUCUCAGUGAUAUUUGGAAAGCGAGAUGAGCCAAUGCUGACAGCAACUGCUCGAAGACUCAUUGAACACAUAAGUUCUUAUGUUCCCUCGAAGCCUCUGGUUCUCUCACUUGGUCUCAAAGAUCAUUCUUCGGAGACGUUGAAGGAAAUUGUAGCGGCUGUGAUCGAGAAUCGCCUUUGGUAA